AUGACAAACAGUAGUGAAAAACAAUGGGAAAGAAUCCAGCAAUUAGAAAAGGAGCACGUGGAGGUAUAUAGAGAGUUGUUGAUCACGUUGGACAGGUUGUACUUGAUUAGAAAACACAAUCAUGCGGUAAUAUUAAGCCAUACUCAACAGCGCCUCUUGGAAAUUAGACACCAACUUCAAAUUAAUCUUGAAAAGACUGCUCUUCUUAUUAGACUGUUGGAGAAACCGGACAAUACCAAUGUAUUAUUCACCAAGCUACAAAACCUCUUAGAAGAAAGCAAUUCUCUGGACUAUGAGCUCUUGCAAUCGUUAGGUGCUCAAUCUUCAUUGCACAAACAGUUGAUUGAAUCAAGAGCAGAACGCGACGAAUUGAUGUCAAAACUGAUUGAGUUAUCGUCGAAGUUUCCCAAACCAACUAUACCGCCAGACGACAGUGAUACUGCUGGAAAACAGGUUGAGGUAGAAAAGGAAAAUGAAACGAUACAAGAAUUGAUGAUUGCUUUACAGAUACACUCCGGAUAUACAAACAUAUCCUACACAAUUUGA